AUGCCAGCCCGCAAGAUCGAGGGAUUGGACGCAGGUUCAGCGGAGGAAGUCAAAGUGGCUCCAGUAGCGGGUAGCCCGACAGACGUCUGGGUGCACGUCCCAUGGACACCUCAGGAGUUCGUUCUGCAGGCUAGGCGAACGGGGCAUCCUUCACGCAUUCCGCCACAGAUGAAGCAGGCCAUAGACAAGAACGCCAGCAUGAAACCAUUGCAGGUCAUGCAGGUUAGGGCAGCUCAGUCCCAACGCUGGCUCAAGCGAGCCUCGGAUUUGGAGGAAGCUGAAGCUACUUUCAAGCAGUCCCUGCCGCCACACAUUCAGGCGAGCCUAGCGAACAAACGAAUCCUUUUGUUCAAGGAGAUGUUGGAGGCGGCACACUACCCGGACAAGGCCGUAGCUGAUGACAUGGCUAAGGGAUUCAACCUGGUUGGCCAUUUAGAUCUUCCUGCAGGAUGGGCACCCGACUUUCGGCCCGCUUCUAUCAGUGCUUCGGAUCUAGCCUCUGUGUCAGCAGAUAGCAAUGAACAGAUCAUCCAGGACGUAGCAUCCUCCUCAAGCUUCACAGAAGAGCUCUGGCAGAAGAGCAUGGAAGGAGUUGCUAAAGGGUGGUCCGAGGGGCCUUUCUCCCUUCAUGAGCUGCCUGCGGGGGCAGUCAUUAGCAAACGAUUUGCUAUCCAACGAGGCAAGAAGGUUCGACCCAUCGACGACCUCUCCCAGUCCUUCCUGAACGCCGCCUUCGGGUCGGAGGGCAAGAUUCAGCUUCACGACACAGAAACAAUCGCUGCCGCCUUGCUGCUGUUUCUGCGAAGGCGCAAGUCUGGACUUCAGGGCAAAACGAUCGACCUCAAGUCGGCUAGGACCAGCUGGCCAUGGUGCCCUGGUACGCCCGAGUGCCGAGCAGGUCGAACAUUGCAGACAAACCAUCCGAGCAGCGAGCAUGCGGAGGACCUAAAACAGCACUGCUGCAUUUGUGCCAGAUGGAUGGUCGACACAACGUCCAUCAAAAGACACAUGCGAAACUCCCAUCCUGAAAUCUGGAAGCAGGUCUCGGAGCGGCUCGAAAGCACUUGCACUGUCUUCAAGCCCCGGCUCACGCGCGAUGGAACCUGCCCUUACUGCCAACGCACCUCCUAUAAUCGUCACUUCAAACAGUGCUGUGUCAUCGUGCAGUCUGCGAUCCUUGGACUCAUUCCCAGCCAUGGCGACCACACAGGAACAGAUCCAGAUGUUCGGCUACCUGCUGCCGGGGCUGAGCGAAUCCAACAAGUGGCCUCCAGCGACGCCGCGACGGCGCACGACAGCAUCAACGCCGCAAAGAUGGAUCGGGGCUUCACGGUCUUCAUGGCUCAGACGGGACCAGCAGGACUACUCACCAGCCUCUACAAGGCCAGUCUCGCUUGGAAUCAGGUACGGGAGACCGAGCCGGCGAAGAUCACACAACCGCUACGAAUCACGUUGCUGACCUUGAUGAUCGCGGAGCUAAAGGUGCGUCUCCAGAAUCUGGAAAAGAAGCCGGAGGCAAAGCAACUGGCCAUCAGUGCGGGUUGGCUGGACCAGCAGGACAGGCUUCAGUACCAAAAGUGGGACGCAGAAAACACAAAGCUGAUACCUCAUCCCACGAUGCCUGGCCUCACGACCACAGAGGUGAUGCUAACCCUGACGGAGAUCGAGCCGCUCAUUCUGGAGUCCUUGGUGUUGGGAUUUCAUGCGCCGCGAAAGCUCAAGCCAACACCGGAGACGGAAAACAAGGCAGUUUUCAAGUUGGAGGUCUCCCUCCGAAGCACAGAAGCGGAUCAACUCUACCAGAGCCUCGCGAAGCUGGAGAACAAUGCAGUAUGGCAACUCAUAGGGUGCCAGCUCAGAAAGGACGGCAUGCGCCGAUCCAACCCAGUGCAGGAGCUGAUGAAGCUGCUCAGCCAGGAAGGUUCCACCUGCUGGGGUGGGGACAACCACAUGUGCAACACGAUGUGGCUGAGCUUGCAUCGCAUCUGCUUCGGAGCCUGA